CCGGCCCCCGUGGGAGGCUGUUGACUCGGAAAGCCGUCCACGCGCGGCUCCGUCUCGCCUCGCUCCUCCCCGGGAGCCCGGCCCGCCGAGCCUGUCCGCGCCGCCCCUGCCCCCGACACCCCGGGAGGCCGGGUAAGGGGCCGCGGAGCCGCCGGGUGCCCACCACCCACCCGUCCACCCCCGACGGCGAUGACGCCCAAGCCGGCCGGUCCCCCAGACGGGGGCUGGGGCUGGGUGGUGGCCGUGGCGGCCUUCGCGGUGAACGGGCUCUCCUACGGGCUGCUGCGCUCCCUGGGCCUGGUGCUCCCUGACCUCGCCGAGCACUUCGACCGGAGCGCUCAGGACACCGCGUGGGUCAGCGCCCUGGCCUUGGCCGUGCAGCAGGCAGCCAGUGAGGCGGGCACGGGGGGGGGGGUGGGCGAUGCAACCCGGGGCAGUGCCAGGUGGGGCCCGCGGGAGCUCCGGGACGGGGUUGCUGUCAAAGGGAGGAGCUCCGGGGCCAGGGGUUCGAGGCCCGCAGUUUGGGCCGGGGCGGGCGCCCCACAGCGUGUCCUGUGCAGACUCCGCUGCCUUGCAGGUCCAGUGGGCAGCGCCCUGAGCACUCGUUGGGGGGCGCGGCCCGUGGUGAUGGCCGGGGGCGUCCUCACCUCGCUCGGCCUGGUCUUCUCGGCGUUCGCCAGCAGCCUGCUGCACCUCUACCUCGGCCUGGGCCUCCUUGCGGGCUCCGGCUGGGCCCUGGUGUUCGCCCCGGCCAUCGGCACCCUCUCCCGCUACUUCUCCCGCCGUCGAGUGUUGGCCGUGGGGCUGGCACUCACCGGCAACGGGGCCUCCUCGCUGCUCCUGGCGCCCGCCCUGCAGCUCUUGCUAGACAGUUUCGGCUGGCGGGGAGCCUUGCUCCUCCUGGGCGCCAUCACCCUGCACCUCACCCCCUGCGGCGCCCUGCUCCGACCCCUCGCGCUCAGCGGGGACCCCGCAGCAAAGCCUCGAGGGCCCCUGGCUGCCCUCGGCCUGGGUCUCUUCUCCAGGCGCGCCUUCCUGGUGUUUGCCCUGGGCACUGCCCUGAUAGGGGGCGGGUACUUCGUGCCCUACGUGCACUUGGCCCCGCACGCUUUAGAUCGCGGCCUGGGGGGCUACGGGGCCGCGCUGGUCGUGGCAGUGGCUGCAGUGGGGGAUGCCGGCGCCCGGCUGGUCUGCGGGUGGCUGGCAGACCAGGGCUGGGUGCCCCUCCCGAGACUGCUGGCCGUGUUCGGAGCCCUCACGGGACUGGGGCUGCUGGCGGUGGGGCUGGUGCCAACCGUGGGCAAUGAGGACAGCUGGGGGGGUCCCCUCUUGGCCGCGGCUGGAGCAUACGGACUGAGCGCUGGGAGUUAUGCCCCACUGGUGUUCGGUGUGCUCCCAGGGCUGGUGGGCAUCGGAGGUGUUGUACAGGCCACAGGGCUGGUGAUGAUGCUGAUGAGCCUUGGAGGGCUUUUGGGCCCUCCCUUGUCAGGCUUCCUGCGAGACGAGACAGGAGACUUCACUGCCUCCUUCCUUGUAUGUGGCUCUUUCAUAAUUUCUGGUAGCUUGGUCUAUAUGGGGCUGCCCACUGCGCUGCCCUCCUGCAGGUCAACUUCACUUCCAGCCACCCCUCCCGCUGAGAGGGGAGAGCUACUCCCUGUUCCACAGGUUGUUCUGCCCUCCUCAGGUGGACCUCACCCCACUCUGGACACCACUUGUUAACAAUCAGUCCUCUCCCAAAUAAAGUACUCUUUCUUUUUU